AUGCAGAUUAUAGUUUCGUCCCUACUGGCUCUUGCCGCUAUUACACUGUACCUCGUUGUCCAAGCGAUAUACAAUGCUUUCUUCCAUCCCUUGCGCCAUGUGCCCGGGCCGAAACUCAACGCCAUAUCCCGUAUCCCAUACUUGAAACACCAUCUAGACGGUACCGCACCCUUCUAUCUGCGUGACCUUCACGAGAAGUACGGUGACAUCGUCCGUUACUCUAUAUCAGAGGUUUCAUUCAUAUCAGGCGACACAGCCUGGACCGACAUCUACGGUCAUCGCACGGGACAGCUCAAGGGCCAUCCGACACUGGAGAAGGACCCCGCUUGGUACGCUCCGCCGGUCGAGGGUGUACAAAGUCUCUUGUUUGAGCAUGACGAGCCUCAUCACCGUCGAAGAAGAGCUUGGGCACAUUCGUUUAGUGAUAAGUCACUGGCGGACCAAUAUCCAACUAUUCAAGCUGUCUCUGACUUGCUCGUUGAGCGGUUGAGGGAAGCCAGCGGUGCUGUAGAUAUGUGCAAAUAUUUCAGCUGGACAAUGUUCGAUAUCGUCUCUACUCUCAUCUACGGGCAAUCUCUGGGUAACCUCCGCGACCUGAAAACGCACAAAAACGUCAAGAUUGUUCAGGAUGGCCUGCUGGCAUUCCGCUUCUGCUACGUCCUCUGGUGCUAUCCCCUGCUGAAUAAGCUCACCGGCUAUGCUCUCAGCGAGGAACAGAUCACCACCUGGGUCAACCACGACAAGUGGCUCAACGAGCAGACCUGGUCGCGUGUAGAGCGUGGGCCCACGGCGGGGAAGAAAGAUUUCCUCUCAUACGUUAUUAGGGUCCGUGAUGAUGAGGUCAGCGAUGAGAAGGAUGUAACGGUAGGCUUCAAGAAGACGGGCGUCAUGGACAAGGAGCUUCAUGUCGACUCAGGUCUGUUCUUGACUGCAGGUUCAGACACCACAGCCCAUGUCCUCACCUGGUCCAUCUAUUUCCUGUGCCAACACCCAAUCUACAUGAGCAAGCUCAAGGAAGAAGUUCGUGGCCGCUUCGCCUCAUACGAGGACAUUGCCCCAGAGACUGUGAGCAACAUGCCCAUACUGACAGGCGUAAUCAACGAGACCCUCCGCCUCCAAACCCCCACAGCCGUCGGCUUUGGUCGACGAGUAGGUAAGGGUGGUGAGUUCAUCAGUGGUUGUUACAUCGCCGAGGGGACAGGAGUACAAGUAUCUCAGUACCCAAACAACCGCUCGAGCCGCAAUUUUGCUCAACCUGAUGAGUUUAUCCCGGAGCGAUGGUUGGGCGACGAGCGCUUCGCUCAUGAUAAGCGCGACGCGUUCCAACCAUUCAGUAUUGGAGCUCGUAACUGCAUCGGAAAGAGUCUAGCGCAAACAGAGCUUAGGCUCAUUAUCUGCAAGCUUCUGUGGAGUUUUGAUCCGGAAUUGGACGAGAGCAUUGGAUCUGACUGGGCGGCUAAUUCUUUGUGGAAGAUGACAUGGGUUAAGGCUCCGCUACUGGUUCAGUGGAAGCCUGUUCAGCGGGAGUAG